UUGGAAGUUACCCCGCAUCUUCUGCAGCCACCAGAGGAACACCAGGAAGAAAUGGCUGCAAUUGGCCCUUGGAUCAACCUUCCUCCUUGCGAGGUUGACAGACUGGCAGAGGUUGCUGAGCUGAUCAUCUCUGCUCUCUCCUCAGCCAGCUGCAGGAAAAAGCUGGCGCUGGCCUUGAAGAAGGAAGGCUACAUUCCCAAGCUCUUACAGCUCUUCCAGUUCUGUGAGGAGUUACAGCUCAGCCAGGCCUUGCAGCAUUUGUCAGCCAUUAUUCAGGGCAUUCUGUGGCUUGACCAAGCAGCUGUGCUGGAGGUGAUGCUGUCGCAGGAGUGUAUCAUGGAUGUGGUCGGAUGCCUUGAGUACGGGCCUUCUUUGGCACAGCCCAAAUGGCACCGACAGCUCCUGUGGCGAACAACCAAGCUGAAGGAGCUUCCUCCCAUCCGAGACCCUGAGCUCCAGCAAAAAUUCCACCAGAUGUACUGGGCACAGUUUAUUCGGGCUGUCAUCUUGCCCAAGGUCUCUGGGGUGGGAGGGGCUUCUCUGCCCAGCCUCACCUCCUUCAUCAACUGCAAGAAAGAGGAGAUCUUCCGUGUGCUGGAGAAAGACCAGAAAUUCUGGUCAGAAGUUCUGGUCCAGUUAACAGAUGAAGCUACAGGUGCCCACCAGCGAUGGGAAUUGGUGAACUUUCUGAAGGACUUCUGUGCCUUUUCCGUCCCGUUUCACCAGAACAGAGAGGCAUUUUUACAAAGUUUGAUCAAGCUGGGACUUCUUCCUGCUCUUGAAAUUCUACUGGGAAUGGAUGAUCUGCAAGUGGCAUCUGCUGCCACAGAUAUCUUGUCCUAUCUUGUUGACCUUUGUCCAUUCCCGGUCCAAGAAUUUGUCAUGCAAGAGGCCCAGCAGAGGGACUAUGGCACCGACCUCAUUCGUAUGCUCAUGAAGCAGAUGGUGUGCCACCCUCUUGCUGCAUUUGGAGGAGCUGAUCAGGUCAUGGAGCUGUUGCAGAUGCUGCUUGAUCCAGGAAAUCUGCUGGCCACAGCUGAGGUAUCCAGAAUACUUGUAUUUUUCAAUUCCUUCUACACCCGCUGUCUUCCUGUUCUGACUGCGCUGCUUCUGGCCAAUCCAGCAAAAGAUGAUUAUCAAACAGCACAGCUCCUGGCCUUAAUUUUGGAGCUGCUGAGUUUUUGUGUGACGCGGCAUAAGGAACACAUGAGGGCUUACAUCCUUCACUGGGAUUUGCUAAGAAGAGUCCUCCUCUUGAUCAGUUCCAAACACACAUUUCUGGCCCUGAAUGCUCUGCACUUCCUGAGGAAGAUCAUUGCCCAGAAGGAUGAGGUUUAUACCCAUUAUAUCAUCCAGGGAAACCUCUUGGCCCCCCUCGUGCACACUCUGCUGGACAAUGGAGCUAUGUCCAACCUGCUCCACUGGGCUGUGCUGGAGCUGUUUGAAUUCCUCAGACUGGAAGACUGUCAGUCCCUGGUUACCCAUGUCAUCGAGAACUUCUAUCCUGCACUGGAAUCCAUCACCUAUGUGCAGACAUUCCAGGGACUGAAGAGGAAAUAUGAGAGAGACAAGCACCGACAAAAGCAGAGUGUGCACAGGGCUCCUUCCUUCUUGGGCAGAGGUGCAAGAGCAUCAGAGCAAGAACAACAAAUUAUCAUCGAAGGAGCCCAAGGCGGGGCAGCUCAGACACCACCAACUAGCUUCAAGGGCUCCUCUUCAAAGAAGGCAACCCCGUGCCUCCUGCUGAGGGCCUCCAAGAGACAUCAACCAGUGGAGUCUAACAAUGAUCAAGAGGAGGAAGUUCCAAAGAAAAGACCGCGUCUGGCCUGAGGAAGCCCAUAUUUUGGUGUUUUAGGGCUAGAAAUAGUUGGAUGUUAAAUAGUUAUAUAGUUGAAUAGUGUUAAUAGGUAAAAAGUUGUAUUUAGUUUGUAUUAGUUGUAAUAGUUUGUAUUAGGUUUAGCUUGUUUGUUAAUAGAUUUGCUGUUUUCUGUAGAUAGAUAAG